UAAAUGUCAAAUGUGGUACCGUGAUGUCAAUCAAAAACAAAAAUUUUUAUACAAAAGCAGACAAAAUAAGAAAAUUUCAUAGAAAACAGCAAUAAAACAAUAAUAUUUAUAAGAAAUUGUUAAAUAAAAACAAUAUACAGAAGGUGGUCAAACAGUUUAUGGCUAAAAUGGGAAAGGAUAACAACUGGUGACGAGGAUAAACAAGAAUAUGAUUCAGAUAAAAAAAUUCAAGCUGUCAAAAAAUUGGACAUAAUACAAAAUGGUGACACCACUUACAAAUACACAACCACAGGCAACUGUUUUUAAUAUGGAAUCGUUCGAUGCUAAUGUCUCCACAUGGUCAAGAUGGGUCACUCGCCUGGAGACGGCAUUGGACAUAUUGAAUUGCGAUAUAGCAAAAAAGAAACAUUAUUUAUUAUAUUAUAUGGGCAUGGAUACAUAUAAUAUCCUAUGUGACAAAUUAUUACCAGACGUCCCGGAAAAUAAAACAUUCGAUGAUAUUAAAUCCAUUUUGAAUGAAUAUUACGAAGCGAAACCUAAUGAAAUAUUAGCCAACUACAGAUUCCAUCUACAGAAACAGAAGCCGGAUGAGUCGUGUGAAGAAUAUUUGAAUGGUUUAAGAAAGAUGUCAAUACAUUGCAAUUUUGGCACAUACCUGAGUACAGCUCUACGUAAUCAAUUCGUUUUUGGACUAAAAAACCAGAAAAUUCAAAAUCAUAUGCUUGAAAAAGUGCAACUAACAUUAGAAACUGCACUAGCCAUAGCGAAAACUUAUGAAUGUGCUGACAAAAAUGAAGAGGAAUUGCAACAAUCUCUAUCGAAUGAUACUACAGUAGACAUGUUAACCAGUAAUUAUAGAUCGAAAGAAAAUGAACAGUAUAACGAAAGAAGACAUAAGGAUACAAUAUGCAGUUUUUGCGGCGUAAAAGGUCAUCUAAGACGCAUGUGUUCUAAAGCAAAACGUCAAUUGAAUCAAAUUAAGAAGGAGCAUAAUGCCGAUUCUACCGAGGAAAUUCUACAAAUAUAUGAGGAGCUUACACCAGAAGAAGAAGCCCGCAACAAAAUGAUUAUGCGCGAAAGAGAUCGUGAGCGUAAACGUUUAAAACGUAUGAAUCCCGAAUAUAGGCGAAUGGAACAAGAACGAGAUCGUGAUCGUAAAAAGGCCCGACGAGCCAAUGAAGCAUUUAGACAGCUCGAAAAGUUACGCGAUAAAAUACGCAAAGAACGUAAAAAAGGCAUAAUAGUCGAUGAGGCAGCAUUGGCAAAACAUUUUAAUUUAGUGCCAACGACACCUGUCGAACCGGAAGUUAUAAUUAGUGAUGUGGUAACGGCCACAGAACAACAGCAGCAACAGCAAGCUAACCAACAGCAGCAGGCUACACAACAACAACAACAGCAGCAGCAACCGUUGCUAACGCAACAGCAACAACAUCAUACACAACAGCAUCAGCCACAAAGGCGAAGAAUACAUAAUACGAAUAAUGCAAAUACAACAAAUACUUCAAAUAUGCCGAAUACUACAAGUAGUAUAACAACAACUACCAUUACCAGUGCUAAUACAAACAACAAUCUAACACAGGUCACAACGGCCAACAUGCCACCCUCCACUAAUACAGCUGCCACUCACAUGUCACAACUAAACAAGGGUCUACUCUAUCCACCACCCAAUUUUCCCCAUCAUCCUCUACCCAUACCCGGUGUGGCACUAAUGCCCUCACUGUGCCAUCCCAUUUUACAUCAAAAUCUAAGUGCUACUCUGUAUCCACAGAAUAGUGUUAAACAAGAGUAUAAUACGGCUCGAAAUGACACGUCAUCAACGUCAAAUGCUCACAAUUUAAGUGCUACUUUGUAUCCACAAAAUAAUAUUAAACAAGAAUAUAAUUCGGGUAGUAAUGAUACCUCGCCUUCAACAAAUGCCCACAAUCAACAGCAAUCACCAUCCUCGGCACCGGGCGCAGCCAAUGCCGGGGCCGCCAAUAAUAAUGAUGAACAUGAGAUGAAUAUGAUUGAACCGGAAAUAAUAUUGCAAACAUCAUCGGAUAUAAUAGCGGCGCCACAUCAUUUCAAUAAUCAUGCCCAUGCACAUCAUUUGCACCAGCAACAGUGUAAUAUGUUUACGCAUAUGGCACCACAGGCUCAUAUGGCAGCCGCACAUAUGCGUGCAGCAGCUCAUGCUCCUCAUAUACCGCCAUCAGCAUCGGCUUUGGCAGCUGCAGUAGCUGCGGUACAAUCUCAACAUCAACAGCAGCAGUUACAGCAACAACAUCCUACAUCACAACAUACUAUAACACAACAACAGCAGCAGCAGCAACAACAACAACAGCAGCCACAACAUCAAACGCAACAAUAAAUUUUUAAUGUUUAAUUAAAACAAACAGCGGAAAAAUUGCAUAUUUGCAAAUUUACUAUUUUAUUAUUUUAGCUUGUUUUUUUGUGUAAUCGUGGGCAUUAUUAGAAUUUAUGCCAUUUUUAUAAUUAUGUAUUUUUUUUCUUCAGUUCUGUUUUUUGUUUCCUUUCGUUUGUGGUCAACAUCAUUCAUGUCGUCUCACUAUGGCUACACAGUGGAUUAGGAAGAAUUUAAUGUUGGUAGAAAAGUGUUAAAGGUAAUACCAAGACUUUAGUCUACAGUCAAGAAUAUAGUCCUAUAGUAUACAGGGUGGACUAUAGUCGAUAGUCUAGCAUAUAGUAUAUAUACCAGAUUAUACACCGCAUUCUGAAGUCGAGGCUAUAUUUCAUAGUCGAACUUAUGGUAUAUAGUUCAGACUACAAUCUAUAGGCUGACUAUAUUCAAGAGUCUAUUCUAUAAUCUAGAGUACCGAAUAUAAUGUUGACUAUAGAAUAUAUAUACUAUAGUUCAUACUCUAGACUAUAGUCUUUAUUCCAGACUAUAGUCUAUAAUCGAGACUAUAUUCUAUA